GCGCAAGAGGACAACUCCGACUUCCUCAAUUCUUGACACCGCAUUCACCUCGACAUCGGCAUCCCUUAGCCCAGGCUCACGUUCUUUCGCGCCAGAAAUCCCGCAACUCGGUAGACCAGACCGGACGUAAGCCCGGAGCGUCGCCACAAUGUCUUCGAACGACGGCAUCAACGAGAAGCUGCACUCUUCGCUACCCGCCCCCGUCGCCGACCACCUCCCGCACAUUCCCGAGAGCAAGGAUGAGUUAAAGGCGGAGCUGAAGGCCGGCGAGAAGGCCGCCGUCUCCAGCAUACGAUCCUUCGCCGCCGGUGGCUUCGGUGGCGUAUGCGCCGUCAUCGUCGGACAUCCGUUCGACCUGGUGAAGGUGCGCCUGCAGACCGCCGACAAGGGCGUGUAUUCUUCCGCUAUCGACGUGGUGAGGAAAAGCGUCGCGAGGGAUGGAUUAAGGAGGGGUCUCUACGCCGGCGUCAGUGCGCCCUUAGUGGGGGUUACGCCAAUGUUCGCCGUAUCCUUCUGGGGCUACGACGUCGGCCAGCGGAUCGUAACGAGCCUCUCGUCCCCGAGCCCGAGCGGCACGCUCUCGAUCGCGCAGAUCAGCACGGCCGGCUUCCUCAGCGCGAUCCCGAUGACGGCCAUCACGGCGCCCUUCGAGCGCGUGAAAGUGAUCCUGCAGGUGCAGGGCCAGCGCCUCAAGCCCGGCGAGGAGCCCAAGUACAAGGGCGGCCUCGACGUCGUGCGCCAGCUGUACCGCGACGGCGGCGCGCGCUCCGUCUUCCGCGGCAGCGUGGCUACUUUCGCCCGCGACGGCCCCGGCUCCGCCGCUUACUUCGCCGCCUACGAGUACAUCAAGCGCCGGCUCACGCCGCUCGACCCCGAGACGGGAAAGCCCAAGGGCGAGCUGAGCCUGCUCGCUAUCACGGCCGCCGGAGGCGCCGCGGGCGUCGCCAUGUGGAUCCCCGUGUUCCCUAUCGACACUAUCAAGAGCCGGCUGCAGACGGCCGAGGGCAAGGUGAGUAUUGGCGGCGUGUUCAAGGAGGUGUACGGCAGGGGCGGCGUCAAGGCUUUCUUCCCCGGCUUCGGGCCCGCGCUCGCGAGGGCGGUGCCGGCGAACGCGGCGACGUUCUUGGGCGUCGAGCUCGCGCACCAGUUUUUUAGGAAGAUGUUUGAUUGAGCGUCUGAGUUGCUUAGGCGCUGGCUACGAUGUGCUG